AUGUCGCAGCAUUUCACAUCGAUAUUUGAGAACCUGCGCUUUGUGACCAUCAAACGUACGACAAAUGCGCAGCAACAACAACAACAGCAGCAACAACAGCAGCAACAGCAACAACAGUCGCCGCUGCCCACACCGAGAGCAACGCCCGCCGAACAAAAUAAAAUCAAAAUCAAGGCACAGGCAACGCCAACGCCAACGCUUAACGGCAAUGGGCUACCCUUGAGCACAAAUCUUGAGGGCGUCGCGGCGGCUGCCUGUCCUGAAGUGGACCACAGCAGAGGCGCGUCUGGUGCGACCGCAGGCGUAGGCAGAGGCGGGGGAGCCGCUGCUGCCAGCGCAGCUGUUGCAGGCGCAGGCGGCGGCACGCCAUUGAAGCACCAUAAGCGCACAAGCAUAUCGACGACAUCGCCACAGGCGGGCCGGGAGCGACGCGGCACCAAUACGAGCAUUAUUGUGGAGCUGGAUGACAGGGUUGGCGGCGUGAAUGCGGCGGGCGCAUCGGGCAGCGGCACCGCAUCCAGCAAAAGUUCACGGGAGCUUUCGCCCACACCGAAAAACCAACAGCCCAGAAAAAUGUCACAGGAUUAUCGUUCGCGUGCCGGCAGUUUCAUGCACCUGGACGACGAGGGCCGCAGUCUGCUGAUGCGCAAGCCGAUGCGGCUGAAGAACAUCGAGGGCAGGCCGGAGGUGUACGAUACGCUGCACAGCAAAGGACGCGAGAUAUUAUCCUGCUCGAGGGCAACCUGCACGAGCAGCAUCAUGAACAUCGGCAAUGCGGCCGUCGAGGCGCGCAAAUCGGAUUUGGUGCUGGAGCACGCCAAGGAUUUUCUGGAUCAAUACUUCACCUCCAUUAAGCGCUCCUCGUCCGCCGCGCACGACACGCGCUGGAAACAGGUGCGACAGAGCAUUGAAACAACGGGACAUUAUCAGCUAACUGAAACCGAGCUAAUUUAUGGCGCCAAAUUAGCCUGGCGCAAUUCUUCUCGCUGCAUUGGUCGCAUCCAAUGGUCAAAGCUCCAGGUUUUCGACUGUCGUUAUGUGACCACAACGAGCGGAAUGUUUGAGGCGAUUUGCAAUCACAUCAAAUAUGCAACAAAUAAAGGAAAUCUCAGAUCCGCCAUCACAAUAUUUCCACAGCGCACCGAUGCCCGACACGAUUAUCGCAUAUGGAACAAUCAGCUUAUUUCAUAUGCGGCCUAUAAAAAGCCCGAUGGCAAGAUAAUUGGCGAUCCCAUGAAUUUGGAGUUUACAGAGGUCUGCUCUAAACUGGGCUGGAAGGGCAAGGGCACGGAAUGGGACAUAUUGCCGCUGGUGGUCUCUGCCAAUGGUCACGAUCCGGACUACUUUGAUUACCCGCUGGAGCUGAUACUAGAAGUUCCGCUGAGUCAUCCCAAAUUUGAAUGGUUCACGGAUCUGGGCCUGCGCUGGUAUGCCCUGCCCGCCGUAUCCAGCAUGCUUUUCGAUGUGGGCGGCAUACAGUUUACGGCCACCACAUUUAGCGGUUGGUACAUGUCCACGGAGAUUGGUUGCCGGAAUUUAUGCGACACGAAUCGUCGCAAUAUGCUCGAGACUGUGGCGCUGAAAAUGAAUUUGGAUACGCGAACGCCGACAUCGCUGUGGAAGGACAAGGCCGUUGUGGAAGUGAAUAUUGCUGUGCUGCAUUCAUAUCAAAGUCGCAAUGUGACCAUUGUGGAUCAUCACACGGCCAGCGAGAGUUUUAUGAAGCACUUCGAGAACGAGUCCAAGCUAAGGAAUGGCUGCCCAGCGGAUUGGAUAUGGAUUGUGCCGCCACUAUCUGGUUCCAUAACGCCCGUUUUUCAUCAGGAGAUGGCGCUGUACUAUUUGAAGCCAUCGUUUGAGUAUCAGGAUCCCGCCUGGCGCACGCACAUCUGGAAAAAGGGACGCGGCGAAAGCAAAGGCAAAAAGCCGAGACGUAAAUUCAAUUUUAAACAAAUCGCUCGUGCUGUGAAAUUUACAUCGAAAUUAUUUGGACGCGCUCUGUCGAAACGCAUCAAAGCAACGGUUCUAUAUGCCACCGAGACGGGCAAAUCGGAGCAAUAUGCCAAGCAAUUGUGCGAACUACUGGGACAUGCCUUCAAUGCACAGAUAUAUUGCAUGUCCGAUUACGAUAUAUCCUCCAUUGAGCACGAGGCGUUGCUAAUUGUUGUUGCCUCCACCUUUGGCAACGGAGAUCCGCCGGAAAAUGGCGAGCUGUUCUCACAGGAAUUGUAUGCCAUGCGUGUGCAGGAGUCGGGCGAGCACAGCCUGCAGGAUUCCAGCAGGGGCGUCAGCUCGUCCAAGUCCUUCAUGAAGGCCAACUCGAGGCAGGAAUUCAUGAAACUGCCGCUGCAACAAGUCAAGAAGAUCGACCGCUGGGAUUCGCUGCGCGGCUCCACUUCGGACACAUUCACGGAUGAAACCUUUGGUCCGCUCUCCAAUGUGCGAUUCGCCGUCUUUGCGCUCGGCUCCUCGGCCUAUCCGAACUUCUGCGCCUUUGGCCAGUAUGUGGACAACAUUCUGGGCGAGCUGGGCGGCGAGCGUCUGCUCAAGGUUGCCUACGGCGAUGAGAUGUGCGGACAAGAGCAGUCCUUCCGCAAGUGGGCACCCGAGGUGUUCAAGCUAGCCUGUGAGACCUUCUGCUUGGAUCCGGAUCAAAGUCUGUCAGAUGCAUCGCUGGCGCUGCAAAACGAAUCCCUAACCGUGAACAAUGUGCGACUGGUGCCAUCUAUCAGCAAGGUCUCGCUGGACAGCGCGCUCUCCAAGUAUCACAACAAGAAGGUGCACUGCCUCAAGAUCAAGGCGCAGCCGCAUAAUCUAACCAAGUUGAGCGAGGGCGCCAAGACCACCAUGCUGCUGGAGAUAUGUGCACCUGGCCUGGAAUACGAGCCUGGCGAUCAUGUGGGCAUCUUUCCGGCGAACCGCACACAGCUGGUGGACGGGCUGCUGGAGCGCCUGGUGGGCGUGGAGAAUCCCGACGAGGUGCUGCAGCUGCAGCUGCUCAAAGAGAAGCAGACCUCGAAUGGCAUCUUCAAGUGCUGGGAGCAGCAUGACAAAAUACCCGCCGAUACGCUGCGAAAUUUGUUGGCGCGUUUCUUUGAUCUAACGACACCGCCAUCGAGGCAGCUGCUCACCCUGCUCUCCGGCUUCUGCGAUGACAAUGCGGACAGGGAGCGGCUGCAGCUGCUCGUAAAUGAUUCGUCGGCCUAUGAGGAUUGGCGUCAUUGGCGUUUGCCGCAUUUGUUGGAUGUGCUGGAGGAGUUCCCCUCGUGCCGGCCGCCCGCCUCCUUGGUGCUGGCCAAUUUGACCCCAUUGCAGCCACGUUUCUACUCGAUCUCCUCGUCGCCACGUCGCGUCAGUGACGAGAUUCACCUGACCGUGGCCAUUGUCAAGUAUCGCAGCGAGGAUGGUCAGGGCGAAGAGCGCUUCGGCGUCUGCUCCAACUAUUUGGCCGGACUGCGAGCUGGCGACGAGCUGUUUAUGUUCGUGCGCAGCGCCUUGGGCUUCCAUUUGCCCGCGGAUCGCAGUCGUCCUGUGGUGCUCAUCGGACCUGGCACUGGCAUUGCACCAUUUCGCUCCUUUUGGCAGGAGUUUCAGGUGCUGCGCGAAGUGGAUACGGCGACAACGUUGCCAAAGCUCUGGCUCUUCUUUGGCUGUCGCAAUCGCGAUGUGGAUCUCUAUGCCGAGGAGAAGGCCCAACUGCUGCAGGAGCAAAUCAUGGAUCGUGUAUUCCUGGCACUCUCCAGGGAACCAGAUAUACCCAAGACAUAUGUACAGGAUCUGAUUGAACAGGAAUUUGAUGCGUUGUACAAUUUGAUUGUGCUGGAGCGGGGCCAUGUGUAUGUGUGCGGCGAUGUCACAAUGGCCGAGCACGUUUACCAGACCAUCAGGAAAUGUAUUGCCGGCAAGGAGCAGAAGACCGAGGCGGAAGUUGAGACAUUUUUGCUCACAUUGCGCGACGAGAAUCGCUAUCAUGAGGACAUCUUUGGCAUCACGCUGCGCACAGCCGAGAUACACACAAAGUCACGUGCGACCGCAAGGAUUCGUAUGGCAUCGCAGCCAUAGUAAGGAUAACAGAAAUAACUCAACUCUCGAGCGGCACGGAAUUUGUCUUGCUUUGAGACUUACCUAUAUUAAGGGGCUUCAAGUUUCAGAUUUAACAGUCUAAAGUGAUCGAAAUGCACAAAGCAUUAUUCAAUAUUCAUAAAUAAUUAGCUAAAGCAAAUCCCAAUUAUUUAAAUAUUAAGCAAAUGUACUUUUGCCUAGGUUCAAAUUUGAUAAAUAAUCAGCGAACAGCUUUAAACUAAAACUUAACAAAUUGAAAACAAGCAGCAAAUUGUGUUAUUUGUGAAAAAGUAUUAACAAUAACUAGUUUUUCCAUUGUUAAUCUUAAAUUACCCACCGUUUGCCCAAUUUCUGUCCAAGCUUCAUACUGUAAAUUCAUAUCAAAAUUUAUUGGCAAACAACUUGAAAUGACAAGAAAUUAAAUCUAAUCAAAACUAAAGCUAACGAAAAUUAUCAAAAUAUAUGCA